UUGGCUGAAAGGCCCGCGCUGGCUAGAAAAUGUCCGGAAACAUGGCCACUUAGGAAAUUAGAUUCAAUUCAAAUCAUUCCGGAAGAGGAAGAGUUAAUCACUCUGCCGAAUAUCAAGAGCGCUCCAGAAACUGGGAGUAAUGAAGUACUUUUCGAUCUCGGUCGUUACUCCAACCUUUCUAAAACACUCAGAAUAGUGGCUCAAGUCGGGAAAGCGACACAUAACUGGGUCCAGUUAACAAAUAGAAAUCGCCCUCUGAAGAUAGAACUGAGGGCAGUCUCGAAUUUCACUAAAGAAAAGGAAAUAACCACACAAAAUGCUACCGAGGAACUGCCCACAACUAGCAGUAUGAACAAGGGCCCAAAAAAGAUCACGGUAGAAACGAGGCAAAGCCUUCCCCGAGCCUCAAAAGUACGCGCAUAUGACCUUUUCCGCAACAUGGAUGGUGAUUCAAGCCAAUCAUAUGUGAUGACAUCCAUAUCAUCGUCAUUGGUAUUCUUUGCAAUAUCACUGUCAGUACUAAUUAGCCCGACAAUGGCAAUCAAUAACUCUUCCAUCAUAUCUUGUUCAAAUGGCGUAAUUAGCGUGCCACCCAUCAAGGGCUGGUUUGAACUGUGCAUCGAUAACGAUUGCCAAUCCAUGAAUAACACCACACGCUACAUCAAAUACUUACUACCGAUAUCUCCGACUGAAAAAGGAGCUAAUGUGCACUUACGUACCCUCGGCGCAAACGGAGUACAAGAGCAACACUGGCUUUGUGACAGACCAAAGUUUUGUGAACAUCAAUAUCUCCUUUCGAAAAGCUUACUGGGAAACCCCCACUGCUGGCCUGCUGGAGCAAUCGCUACUUCAGCAGUGUUAAUUUAUCUCAUUAUAGCGGCACUCAUGUUUGCUACAUGGGUGGCCGUCAAAAUCACUAGAAAGAUGAAAUCUCACAGAUCAAUGAUAAGACCGGAAGACAGUGAAACAGAUGCACCAUCAGCACCAGCUUGUAGUUUUGAAUUGACACCACUCCCUAGUGCUGUGAUUGCAUUAUGCACCCUAGUGUGCUUAGUAUCGUCCACAGGCGCAUGUCAGUACGGUUUCAUGCGUCACUCGGCUGACCUCGUGUGCAAUGAAAACAACCGAUGUCAUUUAGAAUAUAGCAGAGAGCUCUUAUUCAACAGGCUCCAAUCGGAGUUGUGUAUUGAAAUCCUACAUGCCAACAAAACCGUUGGAUCGGCCAAGUUCGUCAAAAAAGCUGUGGAAUUUGAGUGUUCGAAAGUAACAGAAUUUUUCACUAGACCGACGAAGUCAACAAUAUAUCAAUCUAAACGCUGCGCUAAUGCGGGUUCAUGCAUUAACAAAUGCGACAGGCUAAAGCAAAAUGAAACGGUUCCGGAGUUGAGUCGCAGUGCAAAAUAUCCAGGAUACUCCGGCUGUAUGAACAGUUGCGGAGGGAUGUUCUGUGGAUGCUUCCUGCCUUUACCUAGCUGCUGGUUCUAUAAAAUCGCCCACAGACCAGUAUCUGACCGGAUCUUUGAAAUAACACAAUGUCCUCAUUGGACUACUACGGUGAAAUUAGACAUAGAAAUAACAAUCGCAAAUCUAACAAAAAAAGUUGAGCAGUCAUUUAUUCCAUAUAUGGCUACUAACAUUGACAACUUCAAUGUUACUGUGAUAUCAAUCCAAAGGCCAUUGUACCCUUUAGAGAACAAGCGCUUUGCCAUUUCGAAGGAUGAGGCAUAUAUGUUACCACCUAACUUCAAACUUCCGGUCGCAUGCAGCACACCAACUCAAGCACUGCAGGAAUUCAAUACUUGUUCCAACAGAGUUCAGUGCAGCUGUGGAAGUUCGCCUUACAGUUGUCAGUGUCCACACGAUUCGUUCCAUAAGAUUUGUGAAAACCCACAAAGUAUACUACCUCUAAAAACUCCUCACGCGAACAUCAUGGUUCGUGAAGGAAGCAUCGUUGCUACGUCCAACGAGGAGGAAAUGGUACUACGAAUCGAGUCAAAGAUGCUGCAAGAUGUGGUAGCUGAACUGACUAUUAAUCAAGAGUGUGGCUUCAAGAUUUCGAAGCUCACGGGCUGUUACGACUGUACGCUGGGAGCGCAUUUCACAGCCAUUUGCAAGUCAUCACUGGAGGCUACAGUCACAGUUACUUGCCAGACUCAACAAUUUUUAGUCAAAUGCGGACCUUCAGACGAAGAGAAUGAGAUUAUCCUUCACUUCAUCCUACACGCUCAUUGCUCUGAUAGGCCAACUAAAUUCCUUUUGAACGGUACACUACACUACCACCUCCUCAAUCCGCUGGACGUCUCGGCGUUCGGGAUUGAUACUCAUGGAGUUCCUCUUAAACAUCAAUGGUUUUCGGAUAUUACCAUACCGAAUAUAGAUCCCCUAUUGGAUGCCAUUACAGGGCACUGGAAACUAACUCUGGCCGCUAUUGGUACCGUAUCCGGUUUGCUAGCGUUAACCUAUUUGGAGGACCAAUGA